GAUGCCAGGCGGCAGCUGUUGUUGUCAGUGUGAGGUUUCGGUUAUGAACCAGUGCGUGCUGCGUUCACUGUCACCGCAAUUUAAAUCGUUUCAAACUCCAUAAACUAUGAAAAGCGCUGUAAUUAUUCCUAAAGAUGCAACUAAAUGGGACAUUCGCCAUAAAGUUUGGGAUCACAUGGAGAGUAAGGAGCUGGCGAGUUUCCCCCGACCUGUGCACCACAGAAUCCCAAACUUCAAGACUGCAGAAGCAGCUUGUGACAGGCUUCCUGUCCUGCAGGAGUUCCGGUCCAGCAGCUUUGUCAAAGGAGCUCAGGGGGCGUGCGGGAAGCUGGUGGACUUUGAGUUUUUCAGCAAAUGCAGUAAGGUCAAAGUGGAUCCUGAUAAACCCCUGGAAGGGGCUCGAUUAGCAGCACUGCAGGCCGGAAAAACCCUGCUGGUCCCGACUCCUCGGCUGCGAACAGGACUGUUUAACCGUAUCGUUCCUCCACAACGAGCCACCAAGGAGGAUCUGCGAGUCUGCUCUACAUCUCGGGGUGUGAAGGAGUUCAGUGUCCCAGUGGGUUUAAACUCAAGAGUUCACGUGGACCUGGUAGUGGUCGGAUCUGUGGCUGUAUCUGAGAAAGGUUACAGAAUUGGGAAAGGCGAAGGAUUUGCAGACAUGGAAUAUGCCAUGAUGGUCUCAAUGGGAGCAGUGAAUGAAUCCACAGUGGUUGUGACUAUUGUUCAUGACUGCCAGGUUGUGGACAUUCCUGAGGGACUGACCGAGAGUCACGACAUCACCGUGGACUACAUCCUCACGCCGAGCAGGAUCAUCAAGACUGAGUGUAAGAUCCCCAAACCACAGGGCAUCAUUUGGUCAAAGCUAGAUGCUGAAAUGCUGGAGAAAAUUCCCAUCCUGAAAAAACUGCGAGCCUUGGAGCAGAACUCUGGAAAGGACGUCACCUUGAAAACUGGAAGUGUUAAGACAAGGCAGGAGCAUAAACCUGAGCCCAAGCUCAGUCCUGAUCCAAAACAUGAUCUGGGACUUGAUCCUAAAAUCCCAUGUCAAGAUCAUACACUUGCUCAUAUGGGCUCAGGUCAAGAAGCUGACGUAACGCGCGAAUGCUCUCAGCCUCCUGUAAACACACUUUAUUUAGGCGGCCUCCCGGCUGGACUGCGUGUUAGCGUGCUGAAGGUUUUCCUGAGAGAUCGGGAUGCUGUACCUGUUAGGCUGACCUGGCAGGGGGCUCAGCACAGGGCUUUCCUCGAGUACGCUGACGAGCGCGCCUCCAAUCAGGCCCUGGAUGCUCUGCAAGGUCUCAGCAUUAAUGGCCACACGCUGCAUGUAGAGCGAGCAAAAAGCCAAAAAAGCUUCCAUAAACCUGGUGCUGUUAAAGACUCGACACAAACAAAUCAAAAGGAACGUCUCAGACUGCAAGGUUUACCGCAAGCACCAUCAGCGCCAGUGUCCCAGAGGAGAGGGUGGAGGAAACAUCCAGGAAAGGUGACAGAGGCAUGAAAUUUCAUUGAGAUCCAUGAUUUGAUAAAAGAAUUGUUCCUGGAAACAUUAUCAACCUUAUCAUGGUUAAACAAUGCUUACUAAGUAUUUAUGUUGUAAAUAAAAAAUUUCACUUUUCUGGAUCUGUAAUAAUUGAAUUUCAUUG